CGGCUGUCGCGCGCCGGCCUCCUCCUCCUCCUCCUUCUCCUCCUCCUCCUCCGCCUACCGCACUCGAGCAGCCGCCGCCGGCCGGACGGCACCGCUCCCGCCGCCUCCUUUCAGCCCGCUCGGCCCGCGCCGCGCGCCUUUGCCCGGCAUGUCGGCGGCCGUGGCGUGCGUGGAUUACUUCGCUGCCGACGUGCUCAUGGCCAUCUCCUCCGGCGCGGUGGUGCACCGCGGGCGACCGGGCCCCGAGGGCGCGGGCCCCGCCGCCGGCUUGGAGGUGCGCGCGCCGCGCCGCGAGGCCGCCCCACCCGGGCCCCCGGGCCCGCCACCGCCGCCCCCCGCCGCCUCCGGCCCCGGGCCCCGCCGCCACCGCGCCGCCGCCGCCGCGCCCCACCUGCUGGCCGCCAGCAUCCUGGCCGACCUGCGCAGCGGGCCCGGCGCCGCCCCGGGGGGCGCCUCGCCCGCCUCCUCCUCCUCGGCCGCCUCGUCCCCGUCCUCCGGCCGCGCCCCCGGUGCCGCGCCCGCCGCCGCCAAGAGCCACCGCUGUCCCUUCCCGGGCUGCGCCAAGGCGUACUACAAGUCCUCACACCUCAAGUCGCACCUGCGGACGCACACAGGUGAACGCCCCUUUGCCUGUGACUGGCCUGGCUGCGACAAGAAGUUCGCGCGCUCCGACGAGCUGGCGCGCCACCACCGGACGCACACCGGCGAGAAGCGCUUUCCCUGCCCCCUCUGCUCCAAGCGCUUCACCCGGAGCGACCACCUGACCAAGCACGCGCGCCGCCACCCCGGCUUCCGCCCGGAACUGCUCCGGCGCCCGGGCGCCCGCAGCACCUCGCCCAGCGACUCGCUGCCCUGCAGUCUGGCGGGCAGCCCCGCGCCCAGCCCCGCGCCCAGCCCGGCCCCCUCUGGCCUGUAAGGGCCCUAGUCCAGCCCACCCUGCCGCACCCCUGCUGGGCCUGGGCCCGGAGCACCAGCAAAACGCCUGCUGUCCACAGCCCGGGGCGGGCCACGGACCGACAGCCGGUGUCCCCGACACGGGGGGGGGGGGGGGGGCCCUUGGGAGGGGUGGCUGGGGCCCCGUGUGUGUAAAUAGCCAUGUCGGAUAACUCUCCUCCUAUGUGUUAAACAGGAACCCCAGGUGGGCAGCCGGCCGGCGCUCCCCUCCCCCCAUCGCCACCUCCCUGCUUCGGAGAGGGUGGGUCUGGGGGGAGCGGCCCAGGAAAGGGGCACGUAACCAGUGCUCAGACUUGGCCCCCCAGCCCUCCUCUCCAGGUUGGGAUGAUGUGUGCAAAGAGCCAUAGAUGAACCGGGGGUUCCCGCGGCCCCACCCCCACCCCGCCCGGGGCCCCCCACCCCACUGAAAGCCAUUGGAGACGUUCAGGGAAUUGGGGUGCGGCUCCAGCCGCCCCCAUCCGGGUAUUCAAUCUCAGGUGUCCACAGAUUCUGCCCUGCCACCCGGCUCCCCAGCAGUGGGGGCAGGGUGGGGAGGGGGGAGGCCGGGAGGGGGGAGGCAGUAGGGUCCAGGUUUUGCUCCUAAAACUGGGGUAGGGAGGGAGAGAAAGGGGUUCUUCCAAAGAGCAUUUUGACUCUCGUUUGGGGAAGGUGGAUAACACGGGCUGGGGCAGAUGCCUGCUUAUUUAUUUUCCUCUGUCUCUGCUGGUAGGAAGGAGGGGGGCAGUGAGCGGCCCCCCUCUGGGUGGGUGUGUGAGUGUGUGAGUGAGGACUCCUCCCUUCGGGGUAGAGUCCCCAGCAUUGGCCUUCCAUAGCAUCACAUGACAAUCAAUCCCUCCUGUUUGGGACCAUGACAGUCAUUGAGCAUCGGGCAGCCCUUCCCUGCAGGUGCCCCUGGACCAGAGGUUGAGGUCCUGCUUUGCAAGGGCAGGAAGCAUGAGGGCUGACCCCUGAACCCCAUGGGAUAGCUCGCUUUUUUGGACCGGAUAGAAUAUUUUUUCAGGCGCCAAUCCCUUUCUUGAUCUGGGCCCCAUGGGUGGUCCAUUGUCCUCAGGGGGUGUGGGUGUUGGGGGGAAGGUCUGUAUGAUCCCUACUUAUGGUAGGGAGGGGUAAGCGCCAUGACCCCUCCUGGUGUCUUCCCACUGUGGCUUCGGUUGGAUUUCAUUUUGGGUAGGGACUGAGGGCCGUGCCCUAGAACGGGACAGACCCAGGGUCCCUGUCCCAAGACCCGGAAAGGACCUAUCGCCCACCGUUGGCUGCAGGAGGUUUUUGGCACCCACGUGUGUUCCAGAACCCUUCUGUCUCCCCACUGGGGGCUGGGGAUCUGGAUGGCGGUGUGGACUGGACCUGCCUUGGCAGGAUCAGGGGGUGGGUGCCUGGGGUCCUGGGGAGGAGGCCAGGGAAGCCCUUUGGAGCUGGGCUGGGAAGGGUCUUCUGGCCCAGUCUCUGGGCAGAUCUUGGCAGGGCUGGCCCAUGCGUGCCCUUAAACCCUCCCUGCCAGCAGUGUUGGUGAGAUGCCUUAGUCUGUGGGGGCAGGCUGGGGUCCCAUUUUCCUUUAUGUCUUUACGGACGUCCUCCUGAUUGUCCCAUCCCUGGCUGGUGCCUGUCCCCAGGACGUGAAGUGUGGGUCUGAGGGCCCAGGAGGCCGAGGACGCGUCCCUGGCCCCUCUCCCGUGUUCAGGGGUCUGGCCAGACCUGUGCCCCUCCUCCCCCAAGGAGCUGGAGGUCACUGGGACCUGGUUCCAGCCACUUCGCUGUGGCAUCUCAAGGGGAGGGCCCCAAGGGACUUGUGCUGUCAGGUGGCGCCCCCCCCCCCCCCACCUUACCCUGCCCUGCCUGGCCUUUUCCUUGUAUUUAAUUAAACAAGCCCUUUUUUAAACCCGA